AUAAAUUACUGUUUGAUGAGAUGAGAUGAGAUGAGAUGAGAUUAGAGAGAGAGAGAUAACCAUGCCCAUCCUCAACCAUGUGUAUUCAAGAUUGAAUAUCUUUUUCCUUGAAACUUUCUGAUGAAAUAAGAUAACAUCACUACAAAUUUCCAUGAUGCUUGUGCAAGGGUUCUGUAGGGCUUUGCCAGAUUGGCCAACUGUGAUCAUGGCCCCACCAACCACAUGACCACCCCCUUCUAUCUCAACUCACCCUUUCUUUCCUUUUUCCUAUAUAAACUUCUAUUUCCUUAACUCAUCCAAAAAAUAAACAAAGAGAUAUUACAAACUCUCGUACUUGGUUUCAUACCCGAUUAGGAACCUCUUUUUCUUAUCACUCAGAUCAAACGGACAUGGAGGUUGCAGUUGAACUUGAAGAUGACCUAUUUUUUGCAGAUUUGAGCAAGGAAAUUGCUCUCCUAAUCAUGGAUGAAGAUGAAGACCGUCUUGAUUCUUCUCCUCCUCAAUCUCUUCAGGCUUUUUCUGAGGCAAUUUAUCCUCCUCCGCAGUUUGCUUUUCUCUAUGAGCAUGCUUUGAGGAGAGAAAGCAAAGGGACGGGUGUGUUUAUCCCCCAGGCAACACAGCCAAGAAGGAAGCAGAGGAAAGGAAGGGCUGGUUCACAUGCAAAGCAUCAAAAGCAGUCUCAGGAUACCAGAACGGUUUCUCAAGUUCCUAACAAGAAUUCUUUCAAAUCCAGAAAUGGCAAAGGAUCUGUGCAAACCUGCAUAAUCUUACAAAUUCUACUGAUUAAUUUCUUUGCCAAGUUUUAAUAAUUUGUGGAUCUAAUUCUUUAGCCAGCCAAUUAUGAUAUGGCUACUUAAUUUGUAUUGUUUAUAUAUAUUUAUAUAUAGGUUAGUGUAAAUGGGAAAACCAUAUAUACCAAAAUAUUAGACAUGGUGUAGGAAGGUUCACCCAAGGUUUUGCUUCCUUCCUCUGCAGACAAGCAUUUCAUUGUUAUCCUUUCUCGUUUCUUGUGAUAAGUUUGUCAUGUUUGCAAAGAUCUUAUUCUUCUUUUA